AUGAAAAUGCCUGUGUAUGCUCAGAAAGGUGAUGGUUCGUUCAUGCUGGUAAAUGCGUCGGGGAGAUCUGAGGGGCAGAGAGCCCACCUGCUGUUACCCCAACUUAAAGAAAAUGACACACACUGCAUCGAUUUUCACUAUUUUGUAUCCAGCAGGAGUAAUUCUGCUCCUGGGUUACUCAAUGUCUACGUGAAGGUCAAUAACGGGCCUUUGGGGAAUCCCAUCUGGAAUAUCUCUGGAGACCCUACACGCACAUGGAACUGGGCAGAACUGGCCAUUAGUACCUUCUGGCCUAAUUUUUAUCAGGUGAUUUUUGAAGUGAUAACUUCUGGACACCAAGGCUACCUCGCUAUAGAUGAAGUGAAGGUGUUAGGACAUCCAUGUACCAGAACCCCCCACUUCCUGCGGAUUCAGAACGUGGAAGUCAAUGCCGGCCAGUUUGCCACUUUCCAGUGCAGUGCCAUCGGCAGGACCGUGGCAGGAGACAGGCUCUGGUUACAGGGCAUUGAUGUACGAGACGCUCCUCUGAAGGAAAUCAGGGUGACCAGCUCACGAAGAUUCAUAGCUUCCUUUAAUGUCGUGAACACAACAAAACGCGAUGCCGGAAAGUACCGCUGCGUGAUUCGCACAGAAGGAGGUGUCGGGAUAUCAAACUAUGCAGAGUUGGUAGUUAAAGAGCCCCCUGUUCCCAUCGCCCCACCUCAGCUUGCUUCCGUGGGCGCGACCUACCUGUGGAUACAGCUCAAUGCCAACUCCAUCAAUGGGGACGGGCCUAUUGUUGCCCGGGAGGUAGAGUACUGCACAGCCAGUGGAAGCUGGAAUGACAGGCAGCCAGUGGAUUCCACGAGUUAUAAAAUUGGACACCUUGACCCAGAUACUGAAUACGAGAUUAGUGUACUCCUCACCAGACCUGGGGAGGGCGGCACCGGGUCUCCUGGGCCAGCUCUCAGGACAAGAACAAAGUGUGCCGAUCCCAUGCGUGGCCCAAGGAAACUAGAAGUAGUGGAAGUGAAAUCCCGACAAAUCACCAUCCGCUGGGAGCCAUUUGGCUACAAUGUAACUCGUUGCCAUAGUUAUAACCUCACCGUGCACUACUGUUACCAAGUUGGAGGACAAGAGCAAGUUCGAGAAGAAGUCAGCUGGGAUACAGACAACUCCCACCCUCAACACACAAUCACUAACCUGUCACCAUACACCAAUGUCAGCGUGAAACUCAUCCUCAUGAAUCCCGAGGGACGGAAGGAAAGUCAGGAAAUCAUAGUGCAGACAGAUGAAGAUCUCCCAGGGGCCGUUCCUACUGAAUCCAUCCAAGGAAGUACCUUUGAAGAGAAGAUAUUUCUUCAGUGGAGAGAACCAACUCAAACGUAUGGUGUAAUCACUUUAUAUGAGAUCACCUACAAAGCAGUCAGUUCCUUUGACCCAGAAAUAGAUUUAUCCAAUCAAAGUGGAAGAGUUUCAAAACUGGGAAAUGAAACCCAUUUUCUGUUUUUUGGACUGUAUCCGGGGACCACAUACUCCUUUACCAUCCGAGCAAGCACAGCUAAAGGCUUUGGGCCUCCAGCAACAAACCAGUUCACCACCAAAAUAUCAGCACCCUCUAUGCCAGCAUAUGAACUUGAGACACCUUUGAAUCAAACUGACAAUACAGUGACAGUCAUGCUGAAACCGGCACAAAGCAGAGGUGCACCUGUCAGUGUCUAUCAAAUAGUUGUUGAGGAAGAACGUCCUCGAAGAACUAAAAAGACAACAGAAAUCUUAAAGUGCUACCCAGUACCAAUUCACUUCCAGAAUGCUUCAAUCCUGAACUCACAGUACUACUUUGCUGCAGAGUUUCCGGCAGACAGCCUCCAAGCUGCGCAGCCUUUUACUAUUGGUGAUAAUAAGACGUACAGUGGCUACUGGAACACUCCGCUUCUCCCCCAUAAAAGUUACAGAAUUUAUUUUCAAGCUGCUAGUAGAGCCAAUGGGGAAACCAAAAUAGACUGUGUCCGAGUGGCCACAAAAGGAGCUACCACUCCAAAGCCAGUCCCAGAACCCGAGAAGCAGACAGACCAUACAGUUAAAAUCGCUGGAGUCAUCGCGGGCAUCUUGCUGUUCGUCAUUAUAUUUCUCGGCGUUGUGUUGGUAAUGAAGAAAAGGAAACUGGCCAAGAAGCGGAAGGAGACUCUGAGCAGCACCCGGCAGGAGAUGACCGUGAUGGUGAACUCCAUGGACAAGAGCUAUGCUGAGCAGGGCACGAACUGCGAUGAGGCCUUCUCAUUCAUGGACACACACAAUCUGAAUGGGAGAUCUGUGUCUUCACCAUCAUCCUUUACAAUGAAGACCAAUACACUGAGCACGUCGGUGCCUAAUUCCUACUACCCAGAUGAAACCCACACAAUGGCCAGCGAUACCAGUAGCUUGGUGCAGUCCCACACUUACAAGAAGCGUGAGGCAGCUGACGUGCCCUACCAGACCGGGCAGCUUCACCCCGCCAUCCGAGUGGCAGACCUCCUGCAACACAUCACACAGAUGAAGUGUGCCGAGGGUUACGGCUUCAAGGAGGAAUAUGAGAGCUUCUUUGAAGGACAGUCUGCACCCUGGGACUCGGCUAAGAAAGAUGAGAACAGAAUGAAGAACAGAUAUGGGAAUAUCAUCGCAUAUGAUCAUUCCCGGGUGAGGCUGCAGACAAUAGAAGGGGACGUUAACUCAGACUAUAUCAAUGGAAAUUAUAUCGAUGGUUACCAUCGGCCCAAUCAUUAUAUUGCUACCCAAGGGCCAAUGCAAGAAACCAUCUAUGACUUCUGGAGGAUGGUGUGGCAUGAAAACACUGCAAGCAUCAUCAUGGUGACCAACCUUGUGGAGGUGGGAAGGGUCAAAUGCUGCAAAUACUGGCCAGAUGACACAGAGAUAUAUAAAGACAUUAAAGUUACCCUAAUAGAAACUGAACUACUGGCAGAAUAUGUGAUAAGAACAUUUGCUGUUGAAAAGAGAGGUGUUCAUGAAAUCCGAGAGAUCAGACAGUUUCACUUCACUGGCUGGCCGGAUCAUGGGGUCCCCUACCAUGCCACUGGCCUGCUGGGAUUUGUCCGGCAGGUCAAAUCCAAGAGCCCGCCCAAUGCAGGCCCGUUGGUGGUGCACUGCAGUGCUGGUGCCGGGAGGACCGGCUGCUUCAUCGUCAUCGAUAUCAUGCUGGACAUGGCUGAAAGGGAAGGGGUGGUAGACAUCUACAACUGCGUCCGGGAGCUGCGGUCCCGGAGGGUGAACAUGGUGCAGACGGAGGAGCAAUAUGUGUUCAUCCACGAUGCCAUCCUGGAAGCCUGCCUCUGUGGAGAUACCUCUGUCCCCGCUUCCCAAGUCAGGUCUCUGUAUUACGACAUGAACAAACUGGAUCCGCAGACGAAUUCGAGUCAGAUUAAAGAGGAAUUCCGGACCUUAAACAUGGUGACGCCGACGCUGCGUGUGGAAGACUGCAGCAUCGCGCUUUUGCCCCGGAACCACGAGAAAAACCGGUGCAUGGACAUCCUGCCCCCGGACCGCUGCCUGCCUUUCCUCAUCACCAUCGACGGCGAGAGCAGCAACUAUAUCAACGCUGCCCUGAUGGACAGCUAUAAACAGCCUUCAGCUUUCAUAGUUACCCAGCAUCCUUUGCCAAACACAGUCAAAGACUUUUGGAGACUGGUCCUGGAUUAUCACUGCACAUCUGUAGUUAUGCUAAAUGAUGUGGAUCCUGCCCAGUUGUGUCCACAGUACUGGCCAGAGAAUGGAGUACACAGACAUGGCCCCAUCCAAGUGGAGUUUGUGUCUGCAGAUUUGGAAGAGGACAUCAUCAGUAGGAUAUUCCGUAUUUAUAACGCAGCCAGGCCCCAAGAUGGAUAUCGGAUGGUGCAGCAAUUCCAGUUCCUGGGCUGGCCGAUGUACAGGGACACACCAGUGUCGAAGCGCUCCUUCCUGAAGCUAAUUCGCCAAGUGGACAAGUGGCAGGAGGAAUACAACGGUGGUGAAGGCCGCACCGUGGUGCACUGCUUGAACGGAGGAGGCCGCAGUGGGACGUUCUGUGCCAUCAGCAUCGUGUGUGAGAUGCUCCGGCACCAGAGGACUGUGGACGUGUUCCAUGCCGUGAAGACACUGAGGAACAACAAGCCCAACAUGGUGGACCUCCUGGAUCAGUACAAGUUCUGCUACGAAGUGGCCCUGGAAUACUUGAAUUCAGGCUGACAGCAUCAAUAGUGACACAGACAAACCCUUUCAUACCACAAAGCCAAGAUGGUCCCUGGCGUUUGUGCAGAAGAGAUGAAGACUUCUCAAUAUGCUUAUUUUGCUUUGCAUAAUUGGCUCUUUUUAAGAGCCCAAGAAAGUAUUUAUAAAACUGCUUGCACUGCCCAGUUCCCAUAAUGCUGCUUCCUGACAGAGACACGCACACAGCCGCCAAACACUGUCCUCCCUGCCACCCGUUAGAGCAGCGUAGACAUCUGGCAAACUGAAGAGCACAAUUAUAUUCUUAUGAAGGAAUUUGUACCUUUGGGGUAUUAUUUUGUGGCCCGUGAUCCUUUGUUACUGUUCCAGCCGAGUGUAUGUUUUUGUUCUAUGGAGAAUGCUACCUGGCAUUAUGAUAAUAUAUUAUUUUAGGUAUUUGUAUUUUAACAUGUCGCAUAAUAUAUGCUUCUGUAGCUUUCCAGGACUAACGGAUAAAUGUGUAAUGAACAGAUAAGUCGUAUGAGUUACUGUUUCUAUCAGAUUUGUAUUGUUUCCAAAGGAAAAGCUCGAGAGGACUCACUUCAAAAAUGCAAAACUCAACGAUGAGAUUCAUGGAUCCAAAGCUUUUCCAUGUGUUUAUAUUGUAAAUAUUUUUGAUUUCAUCAAAUUAUUUAUUCAUUAAAAAAGAAAUUUUUGUGAAGCA